UGGAAACACAUUAGGUUCAGCACUUAACUGGACAUCUGCAGUGGCUUCUCUUUGGUAACCACUUCAAGCUGGUAAAAGAAUGAUGAUCAGACUUGUGUUUGCAGUGCUGCUGCCUGCAGCAGCUUAUCAAUCCCCUCUGCCCGCAGACUGUAGUGACAUCUACAGAGGUGGUGCAGGCGUGGAUGGAGUGUACACCAUCUAUCCAGCCGGCUCCACCUCUCCUGUGCAGGUUUACUGUGACAUGAGCAAAGACGACAUCGACAACUCAGCAGAAAAAUGGACGGUGAUUCAGAGGAGACAAGAUGGCACAGUGAACUUCUUCAAGAAGUGGGAGCACUACAAAACCGGAUUUGGGAGUGCUGCUGGAGAGUACUGGCUGGGCCUGGAGACAAUGCAUCUGCUAACCCAACGCAAGAACUAUGAGCUGAAGGUCGACAUGGAAGAUUUUGAAGGCCAGAAGGUCUUUGCCCAUUACUCCUCCUUCUCUGUUGGUCCAGAGUCAGAUGGAUAUAAGUUAAACCUGGGAAGUUUCAUCAAAGGGGCAGCAGGAGACUCUCUAAGUAUUCACAAUGGAAUGAAAUUCACUACCAUUGACAAUGAUCAAGAUACACAUCCUUCGAACUGUGCCAUAGUGUGCUAUGGAGGAUUCUGGUACAGCGCGUGCUAUGCUGCCAACCCCAAUGCCAUCUACAUGUGGGGACCUUCAACCCCUUUAACUGGCGUGCACUGGAGAACUUUUAAAGGGCUUGAAUACUCCCUAAAAACCAUGGUAAUGAAAAUUAGACCAGCUGCUACAUAAAAACCAACCAAAACACAACAACCUGGAGAACUAGCAAUGUGACUAGAUUUGAAAUAUUUUACAAUUUUGUAAAAUUGUGAAACUUUUGUAUUUAUUAACAUAGUCCCUGUAUCCACAUUAGUUUAUGAUAUUUUCAAGAACAUUAGGACUAUUUCUUCAUAUCUUACUUACUUUAGUACAUAUGCUUGUUAUGAUAUGAAGCAAAAAUGUUCAAUGUCUAACCAACCAUGAUAGAGAAUCCUUUGAAAAAUCUCUCCUAUGCAUUGAGUCCAAAUGUUAUUUACUUUGCAAGUUUAAAGACCCUCACUUCUAAUAAAAUUAUGGACAGAUAAGAAAUCUCUCCAUAAAGUUUUCCAAACAGAAAAAUAAACAAACAAAAUAACAACGGAAAUAUUUUUUUGACCAAAAGGCGCUGAAAACACUGGAUGACAUGUUUCUUCAUGACCACCUAUUUCGAUUCAGCGCACCACCAGAGAUACGGACAAAAAGCACAACAUUAUGUAUUCAUACGCAACAAAAAACAGUCCCAGGCUCUAAAUUAAGUCU